AUGCGGGCCAUCAAGCUCAACACUCAGGCACCGCGUCGUGUCCUCCUCGCUCCACUUCCACCACCUCGCAGCAGCAGCAGCAGUGCCUUCUCCUCCAGCGCUCGCCAGUACGCUACUCCACCCCCAGACCCCACCUCCUCUUCCUCUUCACAGUCCUCCUUCGACUCCCUCUACUCUGCACGCUACCAGGGACAAGGCGCCAAACAGGAGACGCCGCCAUGGUACAAGUCACCUGCACUCCUCCUACUAGGCUUCAUGCCCAUCUUCACAUUUGGACUGGGCGUGUGGCAGAUCAGGAGGUUGGAGUGGAAGGUGGGACUUAUAGAAGAGCUCGAGUGGAAGCUGAAAAAGGAACCAAUGAAGCUUCCCAAGAAUAUCAAUCUCUCCGUCCUGCCCUCCUUCUCCUACCGCCUCGUCUCCCUUUCGGGCUACUUUGACCACUCUCGUACCCUCUUCCUCGGCCCAAGGGUCAGGGAUGGAACAGUCGGAGCUCACAUUGUAACACCAUUCAUCCGAGAUGAAGGUGGUGGAGAGGUACUGGUGGAUCGAGGAUUCGUUGCAGACACUAGCAUCUUUGAGGACAGCAAUGGCAGGAGGACCAUCAAGAGCGGUGCAGAGCCCUCAUCACACGUCACUCUGACUGCGCUCCUCACCCCAGUAUCACCGCCCAACGCCUUCACUCCCUCCAACGACCCAGUGAGGAACCGGUGGUUCCACGCCGACCCACAAGCAAUGGCAUCGCACGUCUCCUCAAGGGGCGAAGCAGCAGUGCUAGGUCCUUCGUCACCGGAGGAGUCUCACGACGACGAGUACACGCCCUCUGCGGGUGUGGCACAGAGCGUAAAGAGCAUGCUAGGCGUCGGUGGAUCCGAAUCAUCAAAGGAGCAUCACGUCCUGCCGAUUUUGCUGGAAGAAGUCUACGAUGGGUAUGAUUCUGCCACUCGACUAGCAAGGGGAGUACCCAUUGGACGGUCGGCGACGAUUGAACUCAGGAACCAGCACGCAGUGUAUGCCGCUACUUGGCUCUCUCUCAGCGCAGCCACGGCGGGCAUGUUCGUCUUGCUUGUCAGGAGAGGGAGGUGA